AUGUCUUUGGAAGCGGCCUUGGACGAUGAGAGGAAGCAGAUCAUCGAGAUCAUGGAGAGGCAGAAGCGCAAAUCCGAGGCUCAAGCAAAGGAUGCCUCCUCUAGAGGUCGAUCUCAGAGUCCUGGAAUGGCUAGAACUCAAUCGCGUGGUAUUUCAGGUCGCUCGUUAUCGCGCGGCAGCGUUGCUGAUGACAGGUUCUCGAUAACACAGCACGAUCCUUCAGAGAGACUACGUUCGCCGAGUUCCACUCGACUUAAAAAAGAUGUUCUAUCUGAUGAUGAAGCGAGUCUGUCUUCAGAUGAGGAGCAGAUUAGCGAUACCGAUUCGGAGUUUGGAUAUGAUGAUGGUGGGGCGUUGCUGCCUAACUUUGCGACGUACUCUCCUGCCUUGGAGACUGCAACUACUGACAAAGUGAACAUUAAGGAUGAGGUGGCGUCCAUAGGCAGAGCCGAUACAGCACGACUAAUUGCGGAUGCUAAAAAAGCGGAAGAAUUGGACCAAUUGUCUGCUGCCGAGAGAGCUGUCGCGAAUGCUCGCUUGGUAGGCCAAAAUGUUCCCCGGGAUGUGGCCGAGAUGGUAGGAGCCGAUUCCAGAUCGCCCCAUAAUGACAAGUUCUUCCAGGAGGAUAAGGAGCGCAAGGAAAAGCUAAAGGAAUACGCGGUUUACAAGAAGAAGCUCGUCUCUCCGACGGGUAAUGCUAAUGACAACUUUCUGGUUCCCUACACUUCGGAUGUGGAGGAGAGAAAGGACAGCGAGUUAGCGCGCAGUCUGAACGAGCACGUAGAGGUUUCUCCUAUUGAAUCCAGUGGUGACAAUGCGCGUGCUAUUCGGACAAUUACUCGGGGAGGUUUCUUUGAGAUAGUGAAGGGACAGAAGAGGCCUAAAACGUUUCUCCUCUGCACAGACUUCUCAGACGAGUCCAAAUAUGCUCUGGAGUGGUGUGUGGGAACCGUUCUGGUGGAUGGAUCUGUUCUGUACAUCAUAAAUGUGAUUGAGGACGAUGACUUUUCGUCCAUGAACCUGAAUGGUAUUCCGUCUCAGACCUACUCUAAGGGAAGCCCUCUCACUCCAACAGCAUCUGCUCCGGCUUCGGCUCCCUCCAAAUCCCGUGACAAACUACGUACUGACAAUGUGGAGCGGAUGACAGCCGAAGUUUUGGAGCUUUUGCGGUUGACUAAACUCCAAGUGCAUGUUGUUUGCGAGUCUAUCCACCAUCCAAUUCCACGCCAUUUCAUCGUGGAAAUUAUUCACCAUCUCUCACCCACGUUGGUGAUAGUCGGAUCCAAAGGUAAGUCCGCACUCAAGGGUGUGUUGCUGGGAUCACUUUCGAACUAUCUCGUCCGAAAAAGCAAUGUUCCCGUGAUGGUUGUCAAACGCAAGCUCAAGAAGCUCACUCGCAGGAAGGCCAACCAGUUCUCCAACAACAUCAAGCCUCUUCACACACUGGCCGAGGCACGGAUUGACUGA